GUUUCUGUUCCCAAAAGGAAAAUAUUUGAAAAAACACCGGGAUCAAUUUUUCGGUUGCAGGCAGAGCCUAAAGUCGCGACUCUCUUUCCGGCGCAGGGGCCACGCAGCCUGACAGCAAAUCCUUUGAAAAUAAGAGAUGUCGGAGAAGCACGGACUCGCAGAGAAAACAAAUCAAAGGUUGCGAUACUCACGUUAAGAGGGCUUCAGCGGAAGAAAGGGUUGGUGCUCAAAAAAGGAAGAAGGAGCUGUGAAUUCCUCCAGAGCUCUCUUCAGUCUUCAAUAAGAUCUAGGUGAAGGAAAGCCGAUCAAUUGAAGGAGAAUCUGAGAAUGUCUGCGCUUUUCAAUUUCCAUUCGUUUCUGACGGUGGUGCUACUAGUUAUUUGCACCUGUACUUAUGUAAAGCUGCAGUUCCCUACCAUCCUGGAACAGAAAACUGGGUUUCGAGGUUUCUUUUGGAAGGCCGCCAGAAUAGGUAGGUUCCUUGAUUUUGAUUGCCUGUAUAUUUACUUUGUCAUCAUGCUUGUUUUGCUUGUACAAAGUUGUUUCCUCUAGUGAUCAUUUCUCUUUGGUCUCAAGAACUAACAUUUCAGCAUAAUUCCUCACUGAAAUUUCUGAAAAUUUUCCGCUCAUAAAAGUCAGGAAGUGGUCCUUAUGUCACCUGUGUGCAUGUAUCAUUGGUCCAUUUUAUUAGAGCUCUUGGCCAGUAACAACUACUGUUUGAAUUAUGGAGUUAAUAUUUUUGGCCUAAAUAGUGAUUUUAGCAGAAUUGCUGAAUUGAUUGAGAAUAUAACAUAUUGAACAAAAAAAUUACUGUAGACUUUAAACUUGUAAAUUUCAGUCGGUUUAGGUGUUUCAAUCCAGUGGCUAAAACCCAAAAGUUUAAAGACUUUGAGCCAAACAGUCAAUGAAAUACAAAAUUUAUUCUACGUUUUUUGUUUAAUACGAUACUCUAUGUUGCUUAGGUAAUAUGUGAGAAU